UUUACUGAUGACGUAAACUAAACGCGACCCAAAAGGUCGUUUGGCUUUUUUUUCUCCAUGUGAAGUGUUCGACCUCUGAGUGGAUAAACCAACAGAUUAACUGUAAUAAUUCAUGUGCAGCAGGUGACUAUGCUUGUUGUGAGGAAAGCUGUGCAGUCGGCGGUGAGGAAAAAUAUCAACCGGUCAUUUUCUGCCUCACGGCCUCACCUAAAGGAGAGAAACGGUUUGGUGCUGGGAGUGUUUGAGAAGGAGGGAGAUGAGGGUGCUCUUCAUCUGACUGAAUCAGCAGCGAGGUUUGAUCAGAGUGUGUGUGGAAAACUCUCAGAGCUGCUGCACAUAGCUGGACCUGGGCUCAAGAAAGGCAAAAACAGGAUAUUUUAUGGAAUCCACCAGGACUUCCCUUGUGUGGCAGUAGUCGGGCUGGGCAAGAGCGAUUCAGGUGUGUGUGGAGCUGAGAACUGGGAUGCAGGGAAGGAGAACAUCAGGCAUGCUGUUUCAGUUGGUUGCAGAUCACUUCAGGAGCUGGAGGUGAGCCACGUUGAAGUGGAUGGCUGCGGUGACCCUCAAUCAGCAGCAGAAGGCGCUGUUCUGGGCUUGUUUAACUAUGACCAACUCAAGUCUAAGAAGAAGAUCAAAGUAACAACGCAGCUUCACGGAAGCUCUGAUGUGGACUGCUGGAAGAAAGGCGUUGUGUAUGGAGAAGGCCAAAAUCUGGCCAGAUUUCUCAUGGAGGCUCCUGCCAAUCACAUCACUCCUACUGCUUUUGCCAGCACCAUUGAAGAGAAACUGGCUCCACAUGCCGAACGAGUCACAAUAAGUAAACGAUCACAAGCUUGGAUUGAGGAGCAACAGAUGGGAGCUUUCCUUAGUGUAGCAAAAGGUUCAGAGGAGCCUCCUGUUUUCCUGGAGCUACACUACAAUGGUUCACCUGACAGUAAACAGCCGCCGCUGCUGCUGGUGGGAAAAGGGAUCACAUUUGACAGCGGAGGCAUCUCUCUGAAGCCGUCUGUCUCCAUGGAUGCAAUGAGAGCUGAUAUGGGUGGAGCCGCCACUGUUUGUGCAUCUAUUGUCACAGCAGCAGCUCUAAAUCUCCCAGUCAACAUUAUUGGUCUGGCCCCGCUGUGUGAGAACAUGCCAAGUGGAAAGGCUACUAAACCAGGGGAUGUUGUCAGAGCUAAAAAUGGGAAAACAAUCCAGGUUGAUAAUACAGAUGCGGAGGGCAGAUUGAUACUUGCUGAUGCACUCUGUUAUGCACACGCUUUCCACCCUAAAGCCAUCGUCAAUGUUGCAACACUGACAGGUGCAAUGGAUGUAGCUCUGGGCUCAGCAGCAACAGGAGUGUUUACCAACUCUGACUGGCUGUGGGAGCAGUUACACAAGGCUAGUGUUGUGACAGGUGAUAGAGUUUGGCGGAUGCCUCUGUUCCAACAUUACUCGAAGCAAGUAACUGACAGCCAGCUGGCUGACCUCAACAACAUCGGCAAAUACAGCCGUUCUGGAGGUGCGUGCACAGCAGCUGCGUUCCUGAGGGAGUUUGUCACAGCUCCUCACUGGGCUCAUCUGGACAUUGCUGGUGUGAUGAGUAACAAAGAUGAAAUUCCCUACCUGAGGAAAGGGAUGUCUGGAAGACCAACACGCACGCUAGUGGAGUUUGCUGCCAAGUUGGCCCCACAGUUACUGAGAACCUGAUGGCACAGAAUAAUGUUCUUCAAGACUUGAAUGGUGAUCUUCAUCCAUGGAAAAGAGUCUGAUAGAAAGCAGCGUAAACAGACCUGUCUGUGAUCUGAGGAGGAAAAUCAUUUGUAAAACAGCUGGAUGAAGAUUUACUGUUUACAGUUGAAGGAUUUUUAGGCAUUUGUGCUUUUCUUUCACAAAAGUUUUUUCUACUAUGUAAUUUACAUGUGAAAAGAAACCUUACUUUCUAAAUAAAAGUAGCCAAUAACAACAAUAAA